ACGUUCGAAGAAGCGAGCCCUUAUUAGUUUAGUAAAGUCAAGCUCCAAAAAAGGAGAGAUUAACCUGCGGUGCGCUACGCCCGGCAACUCAUCAAGCAAUUUCUUUGCGCUUGAAUUUCAGUGAUGAGGUCGCAAAGAGAGGGAAGUAGGGCUCCUAUUGACUAAAGGUGGAUUCUUCGCUUUCCUUUAUCAAGUCGCUAUUCAGCCCCUACUACUGACUUUUGACUUUGUCUUUGAUUUUUGAUUCAUCUAAUUCAAACCCAACUAGUCGUAUGAGGUGAUCUUCUGUCUGCUUUGGAUAUGAGGAAUGAAAAGGCAAAGUCCGGUUCAUUGUAGUUUGUAUUCGGUCUGAGAUAUAGGAUCCAGGAAAGCGCCCUCUUUUUGUCAUCCCUGCAGCUUUCCAGAUUGAGUAUUGAAGGCAUGGCCUAGGACCUUCAAGUUUUCGCCUAUUGGGAAUACACCCCUCUUUUUUUUUUCUAAGGGCUAGAAAGAGAAUGCCCGCCAAGUUCAGAUAAGGAAAUGCUUCCCCCAACCAUUAAAGGAAAGGCUCGACGAGGAAGGAAAAGGCUUUCGGAGAUCGAGAUUGGAUUUCUUUUGAAUCAAAAAAAAAGAAGAAGGCCGAGGAUGGCCUAGGGUGCGUCUUAUCUGAAGGGAACACGCUUUUUCGACCGCGGUGGUAUGAUUGCCGGGCCCUCUCCUCGUUCCGCCCGCGCUCUGGCCUAUUAGGUAGGAUAGCAGUCUUCGGGCUUUGCCUGCCCUUGAUCAUAAAGAAUUCCGGCUUGGCCCGGGAAAGCGCUGGCAACAAGAGAAAGGAAGGGGUCCAUGUAGCUGCUGCGCCCGCCCCCUUCUUAGUCAAUGGGGCAGCAGGUUCGGCAUCCACUAGAAAAGAGAGAAUCCACUGAAGAUAACCACGCCUCUGCUAGGCAGCGUGUGGAAUGGCCGAGAGCGGACCUUUUUGGAUAGAUAAUCCAAGUCGAGAGUGGAGUUACGGAAAGAGCCGUCUGAUGGAAAACGACUUUCACCUUCGGUUCAGAGAGCACUUUUUUCGUUGAUCAUUCCUCCCUUCCCUUUCGUGUUCAUUCCCCAGCGGCGAAUUCGAAACUUGUGGGGCCCUAUCUAUUCCAUCUCUCAAGCCCCGAAGAAACCCCCCCUCCCAUCUGGACCUUUGUUUUUGACUCUAUAUAUGUGGGCACCUGAUAUCUAUGAGGGUUCACCCACCCCGGUUACAGCAUUCCUUUCUAUUGCGCCUAAAAUCUCUAUUUUUGCUAAUAUUUCACGUCUUUCUAUUUAUGGUUCCUAUGGAGCUACAUUGCAAGAAAUCUUCUUUUUCUGCAGCAUUGCUUCUAUGAUCUUAGGAGCACUGGCCGCCAUGGCCCAAACGAAAGUCAAAAGACCUCUAGCUCAUAGUUCAAUUGGACAUGUAGGUUAUAUUCGUACAGGUUUCUCAUGUGGAACCAUAGAAGGAAUUCAAUCACUACUAAUUGGUAUCUUGAUUUAUGUAUUAAUGACGAUAGAUGCAUUCGCCAUAGUUUUAGCAUUACGGCAAACCCGUGUCAAAUAUAUAGCGGAUUUGGGCGCUCUAGCCAAAACGAAUCCUAUUUCGGCUAUUACCUUCUCCAUUACUAUGUUCUCAUACGCAGGAAUACCCCCGUUAGCCGGUUUUUGUAGCAAAUUCUAUUUGUUUUUCGCCGCUUUGGGUUGUGGGGCUUACUUCCUAGCCCCAGUGGGAGUAGUGACUAGCGUUAUAGGUCGUUGGGCGGCCGGAAGGUUGCCACGAGUCAGUCUGUUUGGGAGACCGAAGGCAGUUCUCCGUGCACCGGACACGUAGCUUACCUUUUCAGUUGCGAGACGGAUGGGAAUGCAUGCUCCGAAAGAUAGGGUCGAGUCUGAUACAUCAACCGUCUACUCAAUAUCCUUGUACGAGUCCACAAUCACUACACGAGAUGAACCUUGGUUUGGUGAAUUGAAGUUGGCCCCACGGAGCGGUGUAAUAGGACUCCCAGUUACUGCGCGCGAUCGUAUACUGAGGUGCUCCCCGCCGGUUGUUGGAACGACGCGAGCCGGGCCUCGAUUCAGAAAGAUUCAGGGCCAAAAAGUCUCAAUAGGGGGUUACUAAUUCCCCAUCUCAUUGGGGGCGGAAAACGAAUCGACAUCUCGAUGUGAGACAGCCUUUGAAAUUGGAGUUGGGAAAGAACGGCGAAGUCCAUCCGAACCGUCCAAUGAAGAAUAAGAGGAGAACAAAGGGCCAAUGGCGCGCGAAGCGCAUGGCGGGAACGGACACGGAUCCAAAUCAGUGUGGAGAAGAACUCAUCUGGAGCUUGAUUUUCUCCCCCUGGGCCCAAAGCAGUGCAGUCUUUCCUGGCCAAAUCAAGGAUUUUUGGGGCUUCACGCAACUUCAUCAAUCCAUUUUUUGAGUCAGAUAUAUGAAUAUCAAGAUGGAUGAAUCUAGAUCUUUCUCUUUUGAUAUCUAAAAAAGAUUGAAUUCAACCUUUGAUUCAAAGAACUGCGCUUAGCCCCCCCGCUCAUGAAAGGGCUCCGCUGCAAUGGAUGACAGAGGGUCCGUAGUACCCAAAGCACUGGAGUGAUCCUGUAGCCGGGAAGGGGCCUAGAAGUGCCUACUACUACACCACACUAGACUUGGCUCUACACAUUUAGAAAGCUAAACCCUGCCCAGUCCCUGGCAGAGCUAAGGGGGCUUCAAUCCUUAUUCCUUAUCCCCAUCUUCGCCCAUGCUAACGGGGCCUUACGGGGAGAGUGGAGCCUCAAGAAGCACUGUUGAGAGGUCUCGACUGAAAGGAGAGAGAAGCUUGCUUUUUUUUUUAGUACUCUUCAUUCUCUACAGGGUUCCAAACCUUUCUUCAACAUAGGUGAGAACGAGCGAGGCAGAGAUGGAAGAGAUCGAAGACGGGAAUAAGAAGCAAGCUCGCCUUUUUUUGUCUUUUUCGUUAGGGCAGUCGAAAAGUGCCUUUUUCGUCUCGCAUUUCUCAUCAAACAAAGACGGAAAAAUCAUCAUAUUUCAAAGGUUCCUAACCCACCAAGCCCUUCCUUCGUAGAGCCGUGUAUUGUCAGUGAUCCGAACCUGCCCGGAGCGAGCCUCCCAUAGAGGCAAGUUCAGUUGGUGAGCCGUAUGAUGGGCAACUAUCUCCUGCGGUUCGGAGAGGACUCAGCUCUGAGUUAGUACCCCCUUGGUUUCGGGGUGGACCCUUUCACUCUAUUUUAUUAUAUACGCUUAGCGAAAAGAAUGUUUUUUGAUACACCUAGGACAUGGAUUCUAUAUGAACCAAUGGAUCGUGACAAGUCGUUACUACUAGCAAUGACUUCCUCUUUCAUUACUUCAUCCUUUCCAUAUCCCUCUCCCUUGUUCUCAGUUACUCAUCAAAUGGCACUCAGUUCAUAUCUUUAAGUUCGAUCAUUGACAAGGUUCAAAGAAAGGGUGGG